AUGGCGACUUCAAAACAGCAGUAUGACUUUAUCGUUGUUGGUGCUGGUCCCGCUGGCUGCAGCGUUGCGAGAGGCCUUGCACAUGCCACAACCCGUCCCUCAGUGCUGUUAGUUGAAGCUGGCGGUGAGAACAGCGAUGUUAACCACCGAGUCAUGGGGAACCUUUUUGUUCAAAUGAUGGAACCAACUUUGGCAAACCCAUACAAGAGCAGCCCCCAAGAACACCUCGCUGGCCGCGAGAUUGACCUCAUGAGAGGCAAAGGUUUGGGGGGCUCAUCAACUGUCAACUUUACUACAUGGACAACAGGGCCUCGCGAUGACUGGGACACGAUGGCCGAGAUCACCGGUGAUUCUGCUUGGAGCUGGGCCAACGCCAAGGAACGAUUCAAGAAGCUCGAGACGUACCACGACAAGGUUCCCGAGGUGCCUGAUGGAGUCAAGAAAUACCUAGACCCAAAGAGCGACGACCACGGCUACCAGGGACCCUUACACGUCGGUUUCGAGGAUAAGUGGGAUAGCUAUGCCACUUCUUCUAUAGAUAUUUGGAAGGCGAAUGGCUAUGAUAUCAGCACUGACACCGGCAACGGCGAAUGCUUGGGUAUCUCCGUCGCCCCAAAGACCAUGUAUAGAGGAACCAGAGCCACGGCUGCCGACUUGCUAUAUCCUACUCCAGGCAACCUGCAUAUCAAGACAGACUCGCCGGUUCAUCGCAUCAUUUUUGAGGACAAGAAAGCUGUUGGGAUUUCUCUACUGGAUGGAACUAUUCUCAGGGCAACGAAGGAGAUCAUCUUCUCAGCCGGCAGCCUCGACACUCCCAAGAUUUUGAUGCACUCUGGUAUUGGACCCAGAGACCAGUUGGAAAGGUUUGGCAUUCAGCAGAUUCUCGAGAAUCCGAACGUCGGUCAGAACUACAAGGACCAUUACCAUGUUGCACUCAAGUUCGGCCGAGCUGAGCACACCGACAACAUCACGGCUUUCUUCCGCAGCAAGGCGCUUCAAGACGCUGCCAAGCGUGAGUGGGAGCUAUAUCGGACCGGUCCUUACGUCACGGCAGGGACAAGCAUGAAUAUGGGCUUCUUCAAGAGCGAUGCUGUGCUCCAGAGCAAGGAGUUUGAGGACCUCCCGGCGGGUGAGAAGAAACGACUUCAACGACCUACCAUACCAACUUAUGAGAUCGCAACGGCAGGCAUUGCGCAGGAGUACUACACAGAUCCUCAUACGGUGCCGCCUCUGUUGCCAAUUAUGGUCUUUGUCCACAACUCGCAGGGUGUCGGAAACGUACAGCUGGCAUCUGCAGAUCCCGCAAAACCGCUGAUCUUCAACCCUUCAUUCGCCUCGCACCCGUAUGACAAGCGAGUCAUCAUUGAGGCAACCAAGGAAGUGAUGAAGGUUUCGAGGAGUCCGGAGUUCCAGAAGGACGCUCAUCCUACGCAAGCCAACUUUGACGUCCCUGCGAGCGACAGUGACGAGGAUAUCCUCGACUUUUGGCGCAGGAACUGCACCAGCACCUGGCAUAUGAGUGGUACAUGCAGCAUGGGACGUAGUGAAAAGGAUGGCGCAGUCGUGGACACUGGGUUUAGGGUCUUUGGCGUGAGCGGAUUGAGGAUUGCUGAUUUGAGCGUCAUGCCCAUCAUUGCAAGUUGCCAUACACAGUCGACGGCUUACCAAGUCGGCAUGCUCGCAGCAGAGAAGAUUGUAGCUGAGUAUUCUUUGAAUGGGCGUGCUCGGUUGUAG